GGCUGACUUAGGGGCGGGGUCAGGGUCUCACACCUUCCAGUGCAUGCUUGGCUGCGACAUGGGACCCGAUGGGCGCCUCCUCCGCGGGUACAGUCAGUGGGCCUACGAUGGCGCCGACUACAUCGCCCUGAACGAGGAUCUGCGCUCCUGGACUGCGGCCGACAUGGCGGCUCAGAUCACCAAGAGCAAGUGGGAGGCUACCCGUUUCCAUGAGCGUAGGAGUAACUACCUGGAGGGGGAGUGCCUACAGUGGCUCCGCCUUUACCUGGAAAAAGGGAAGGAGACCCUGCUGCGCGCAGACCCUCCAAAGGCACACGUGACCCACCACCCCGUCUCUGACAGUGAGGUUACCCUGAGGUGCUGGGCUCUGGGCUUCUACCCUGCGGACAUCACCCUGACCUGGCAGCGUGACGGGGAGGACCAGACCCAGGACAUGGAGCUGGUGGAGACCAGGCCUGCGGGGGACGGCACCUUCCAGAAGUGGGCGGCCGUGGGGGUGCCCCCUGGACAGGAGCAGAGAUACACGUGCCAUGUGCAGCAUGAGGGGCUGCCUGAGCCCCUGACCCUGAGAUGGGAGCCUCCUCAAACCUUCAUCUUCAUCAUCAUGGGCAUCGCUGGGGGCCUGGUUUUGCUGGGAGCUGUGGCUGGAGCUGUGAUGUGGAAGAGGAGGCGCUCAGGUGGGAAAGGAGGGAGCUAUGCUCAGGCUGCCACGUGAGGCAGCUGCCUUGUGGGGACUGAGUGAUGGAAGAUGUGUUCUCGCUCCCACUUCCUGACUCAAGAACCUCUGUUUGGGGCGCUGGCCCUGUCCUACACUCCACACUUUCCUGUCCAGCAGAGGUGGUGCUGCGCCCUCACUAUCGCUGUCUUUAUUUCCUCGUGCUCUGAGCUGCAACUUCCUGCUCUGUAUUGAAAUGAGGUUUUGGAUGUGACCUGGUUUGUUCAUUUCUUGCCAAGAACGGAGCUUGGGACACGGGACCAGCUUUGUGGGCUUAGCGAGGCCGAAGUCGGACCGGCUCCCGAGCACCUUUCACCUGAGAAGGUCAAGGUCCUUUGCAGAGCUUCUCUCACAGGCGUCGCGUGCGUCCUGCAGCACCUUUGUCAGCAAUGGCUGUCAUCCAGGGAAAUCGGUGAUGGUUGGUGAUGGCGCUGGUAGCAAGACUUGCUGGCUCAUUGUUCUUACAAAGACCCGGUUCCCAGGGGUGCAGGAACCUCCGGUGCGUGGGAAGGAGGGGGCAGGCAGGAAAGGCGAUGGAGAGCAGGCCGAGCGGGCUUCUGAGGGCACAGCUGGGCAGGAGGAGGAUGGUGGCUGGAGUUCCCUCUCCUGCCCGGACACAGAUGUUCUCCGGAUGUGUCUCUCCACUGACAGCCCUGAGGGUUUAGAGAACAUCCCAGAGAAAGGGCCUCCGCAGGUCAAGCAUUUCUGUCCCCAUGAGCCCAUAGUCCUGGCUGGGAGCGAGUAGGAUCUUGGGAAGGAUGAGCCCAUAGGGGAGCCGCCAAGAUGCAGCAGGAGCGGUGGAAGCGGAAGAAGGGGAGAGAUGCCAUAGGACUGGCGCUUAUGGGACACGGAAUGCUCAGCAAAGACCGAAGAUGGAGGGAGGGAGGUUUGGAAAUGGCCAUGGGAGCUACUCUGCAAGCCAGACGCGGGAAGAAGAAAUCAGGGUUCCCGUGUGGAGAGCCUGCUGCGAGCAGUUUGGAAGCGCCGUUUAUUAAUUUUCCUGUAUGACUCCGGGCCUUUUCCAUUUAUCUGUAAUUUACCUGAGAUGACAAAUCAGAAGUCACCUUGCUACCAGUGCUUAGGAGCCAACCAUGGUUAUGAAGGAUCCAGCCCACCUGGCCCCGCCGGUCUCCUGCCACCGCUCUCCCAGCCUCCUCUGCGCUCCCACCUGACACGCCAGGCGCGGAUUCAAGGAAUUCCUUCCCUUCCUGCUUCUUUCUAGAAGGAGAAAUGGUAGCUUUUGUGAGUGAGGCUGUAACUACUUCAUCACUCACGUGCUUGCCUGGCCUCUGUCAGCUGCCAGGGACUCUGGGAGCUGCCCCUUCAGGGCUGGACUCCUGAGCAGGUUUCCUGGUCGGGCCUCUGGAGGGGGCAUCCAGUUUCCCAACGUGCUCAGCAGAGAGGCCCAGGGCCUGCAGCUGUGGCCGCUACAGUUCUGUGCUUCAUGGUAGUUACCCUAUAGUCACUGUGUAAUGAGCGCCACCUAAUGUAUGUCCCCAAAGCAUAAUAUAUCUACACAACUAGAUGUAGUAUUUUUGUAUAAUUGGAUUUCCUAAUACUGAUAUUUGUCAUCCCCACAGAAAGUGUAUUGGUUUUUU